AUGGCGCCCCCUUUCCUCCCCACGCUGUACCACGUCCCCUGGUUCUGCUCAUCGAUCGCCGCGCAGCUUGUAGCCGAGCUGUCCAUCCCGCCGACAGCGCUCUCCGUCGUCACGCUGACCAUCGUUGAGUUGCGCACGGGGCCCGAGAUUCUGGCCGUCUCGCCACGUCGCGUGGUGCCGGCGCUCGCCCUGCCCGACGGGACAUGCAUUACGGAGGUGGGCGCGAUCGUCAUGUACAUCUUGGAGACGUUCGACAGGGAAGGGACGCUGCAUCCCAAGGUGGGGCCGGAACGCGCGAGGUUCUUGCAGGCGCUGUUCUACGUGGUGUCCGAGUGCUACAAGGCGGCGUUCGCCGUCUUUCUCAUGUGCUUUAGUGUGACGCCGAAGCUGGUGCGACUGGAUCGCGAGGAGAGGGACGCGGAGAGGUGGAAGGAAGUUACGGGCAAGUUUAAGACGGUCGUGAUCGACCAUAUUGUGAGGGAGAUCGGGGAUGCGGGGAGGAAGUAUUACCUGGGGGAAAAGCUGUCGGCCGCUGACUUCAUGUUUGGGUACAUUUUGAUGUGGGUGGAUUCUUGCGACGAGGGGCUGCUGGAUCACCCCGUCGUCCAAGAGUACUACGGCCGACUUAAGGCGAGGCCCAUGCACAUUAGCUUGUACCUCGAAUCGUAGCUGCGAUCUGAUGUUGCGCCUAGGUUUGGCUCGUGAGUGUUGCUGAUAUUGUCUGAGUACGCACGACAGGUCAGGGUGUCGGGCUUAACCGCAAUCAGAAGGCACACCCUCGGGAGUCAAAUGCCGAGGGGUUCCCAUCCUCUUGAGGGAAGGCUUUAAACAAAGGCUGCGAUCGCGAUUGCACCGUCAAACGCGAACCGUUUUUUUUUAUAGAAAAAACGUUCAUCUCAAUUGAGCCCGAAGCUAGCGGGGCUCCCCACCGCACCCUCCACCGUUAUCAAGCAGACGCCCGUGUCAACGUCCGUCCUCCCCCCGCAACCUAAACGACCGCAACUUUCUCAAUAUGCCUGUAUUAUUCUCCAGAUCGGCGUCCCGCCACAGCCCCCUCGGAAUGAGGCGGCGCUUAUUCCGCAACGUGCCCGAUUGCAAGCAGCCGAUGUGAUAGCUGGUCCCCCUGCGCGCGUUGGUGUCAUCCAUGGCCAAGCUGGGGUCGACGGGCUCGAUGGCGGUGAGGAUGCGCAUAGCACUGGGAUUGAAGUCGUCGUCUUCAUCGGGCGUGCUCAUGCGCGUGGCACGGCGCUCCAUGCCGCUGCUGUCCGUCUUCCGGCGCGAGGACGGCUCGCUGUGGCCGUACAGAAAGGAACGCGAUGUGAGGGCCGGGAAGAGCUUGGUCUUCCCGUGCUUGGUGAUGGGGACGAGGGUGGUCUCGAAGCGAGCAAAGUUGCUCAGGACGCGUCGCCAGCGGUCGUCGAGGACGCGCGAAUGCUUGUCUGUGGCGGGGAUGCCCAUCUCUGAGCGCGAGCGCUCGCGAUCGAAUCGGUCAUACUCGUCGUCGUGGUGCAGUGGUAGCGUGUCCUCCUCGGCGGGGGGUUUGGGCUUGUUUUUGACGAGUUUGGCAGAGUGUUGGUUUGCCUUCUUGGCCGAGGCAUGCGACUCGAGCAGAUGCUCCUGCCUUAGCAAAGCGCGCAUCAAGCCCGGGUCGUCAGCGCUCAUGGCGCGGCGCUGGGAGAGGUACUUGUGAUAAAAGUGGACGUCGGUCCCUUGAGGGAGUUGCUUGCGAUCCCUGACCAGGCGAUCCUUUUU